AACCGAAGCGAAUGCCUCGUCAGAAGGUUGAGGACGGGGCUUGUUGACCUGGGACCGACAUCGAAGUGGGGGGUUGAUGCUUCGUCGUGACUGAAAUGCUCUUUUUAUUCACGGACCCACUAAUGGUCCAGCUCGGAGCAACAUUAGCAUCCAAUGAUCCCUACGACUUACACCAAAAUCUGCCAACGCGGAAAGUAGGGGUUUUCGAAUCAUGGUGGCAGACUCUGCAGAUAUCCAUAGCCUUGGACCUUUCAACGGAGCAGGGUCUGAUCUGCCCGCCCGACGAUCAUCUAGUCCUUCAGGGCACAGCAGCUGAGAUGUUUAUGCACCUUUGUCAACGUCCUUGCAAUCUCAUACACGUCUUCCUGCUCCAUUCAUCAUUUCAUCAAUUGUUCGUCGCAAGCAACUUGUUGGUCAGGCUUGGGUCUCUAAAUCAUAAACCUCCUCGUAUUUCUGAGAUCAAGCGUUGCGCCAUAACGGAUAAUGAGAAAAAGAAAAAAAGGUUGAUUAGAAGGCCAAUUUUUUCAGAGACUUUUCACGCUGAGCACUUUUCGUGUACGUGAGGCUGUAUGCAAUUUCAACAAGUUUUCAUCACGGUCCUUCACCGCCUUGUUGCUUUUCGGUGGCAAUUUGGUACUCUUGGGACUCGGACCCGCUCUUUGGUUCGCAAUGAUCCACUAUUUAUCAUCUAACCUCCAGAAAGGGUUCUUUGCAUGAUGGAUGCAUAUUUGCCCAGGUUAUGAAACAUGACUAUGACACUGGUAUGGUUGGAAAUGAGGAAAUCCGUCUUUUCGCUAUUGCUCUGGG